UCCUAUUGUCGCUCUCUCAUUCACCUCACCUAUUGAUAUUAUUGUCGAGCAAGAAGAUUUUCCUGCCUCGCGGCGCGGGAUCUCUUCCUCAUCGACUCUUCCCACCGUUUCUUUGCUGUACUUCUUCAACUUCUCGCUGGUACCCAAUCGCUCGACGCGCCCUCUCUCUACGACUGCCGGCCAGCUCCCUUCAAAGCCCAACCACCCGCUACUUCUGCCCUAAUAUCUACAAACAGCUCUAUAUCCCAGAGAUGGCUCUUCUGUCCGCUGAACAUCUGGCCGGUCCAGGCUACAUAAUCCUCAAUGUCAUGCGGGCUAUGAACAUCGUCACCUUGAUGGCAGUGGUCGCCAGCAGCGUCGUUAUGCUGGUCAAGACAUUCAUUGUAUCAAAGUUCUUCUUCUUCGACGCCACUAGCCAUGUCGUUACUGGCAUCAUAGGCAUGUUCCUCAUCGCAUCCGAAUGCUCCCUGUUCCGCGGCUACUUUGCUCGAAAUUGGCCCCUGCUUAGCCCCAGCCACGGUUUCGUCGCCUUAGGUACUGCCAUGAUGGUGCUUGGCUUGAACCUGCUCGGAAACAUGAACAAGGAGGCAACGAGCCAGAAGUCGCUGGGUAUGCCAUUUUGGCGACUACUUCUUGCUUCAGGCGUACUCGCCAUUGUCAUUGGAUUCUUCAAUGUUGUCGCCAGCUACGUCUUCUGCGACAAAUCGCGCCACAUCACGGCCCGUCGCGUGCGCUCCCAUGGCGCCAUCACGCUCUCCGAAAAUGGCGACGUUGAAUCCGACCCGAAGGCCCUUAGCGUCACAACCCACCACACAGGCUCAAGCUGCUCCCGCACAGGAACACCUCCAUGCCGCAUGGGCACGCCGCCAAUCAAUCUAGGCACUCCUCAACACCUCACAGCAUCACCAUGUAAAGAAUCCCGAUUCUCUCAAUUCAACUUCAGCCCUGUCCGCACCCUCCGCAAUGCGCGCCAAUCUAUCCUCCCAUCCUAUCAUAGCUCUUCACCCCUCCGCAUGUUCGGUCACUCAAGAUCCUCUUCUACGUACUCCAGGUCAACCUCUGGGGAAUCGAAGAAGCAGUCUAAGAAGAAGAGGGAGAGCGACGUCCCAAGGAUGCCGAUGGAGAUCUCUGCACCCUUGAAUAUCAACCCUCAAUUCGCACACCUCGUCAAGCCGAACCUGGCACACCAUCCUAGCGUGCGACGAGGAGAGCCUCAUGGAACUCCAAUUUAGCCAGGAGUAGCAGAGAGAAGUAGGGGAUGAGAAUGACAGACAGACAGCACACGAUGCGAUCAU